CUCGGAUGUGGGAAGUUAGCCCCAUUCGAUAUCAGACUCUCGGACCCUUCGUUUCGGCUCCUAAAUUUACAAAAUUCAAAAUUUCUUUUCGCAAGUAACUUAGCCAAAAUAUACGCUUAAAGGUCUUAGCAUGUGUGACGGAUGUGGAUCGUUGGAGCCGCGUGGAUGCCGCAGUAGGGAGUUGCGAUGCGGCAUCAUGUACACCACCUGCGACUGCGUGAAGCGGAACGGCCUGCAGGACAAGUGUCCGCGGUCCGCCUGCCAGGGCCGACCGGCCUGUCUGUGCUUUCCGUUCCCCACCUGCGGUCCUGCGGCCUUUCCGCUGCGCUACGCCAACAUGAUGAUGGGCGUGAACAACAAGCGGAUGCGCUGCGCCGCGACAGGAGCGCCGAACGGCGGUGCAUGUGGCGGAAGAGCCGCCGGCGGCUGCUGUGGCUGCGGCCCCUGCUGCUAAGCUCCAUCGCACAAGGUUAGCUCGCCACCACAAGGCAGGAUCGCUGCAGCCAAAUGCCGUUGCUAGGCUCCGAAUCCUUGACCUAUGACCCCGUCAUCCAUCCACAUCCGGUCGCGUGUGGUUUCUAAGAUGCUCCUGGCAACUGUGUCGAUCGGAUCCUGCCGUGCCACUUCUCUGGCGGGACAUAUUGUUGUGUGGCGCAGUUUUGGUUGAUGAUAAAUUCGAGGCGGCUUAAAUCAAGAUGGAGCUCGCUGCGGAACACUCGAGUGCUCAGGAACUUGUGGGAAUGCCUUGUGAAAAACGUCUGUCUCGUCUUGAUUUAAGCACCAAAUCAUUUGUAGGUUUUUGGACUCUUUUCUGGCAUUAAAUUAUAUAAAAUAAAUGAAAUGUACACAUUUAA